GUUGAGAGGGAAGUCUGGUUAUGUCCGGGAUUGUGUGAAGUUGUAGUGUUUCUGAUACGGAAUUGGUAUUCCGGGCGCUGAUGAAGAAGCUGGUAGUUUUAGCUGCCGGGGUGUACGCGAAUUUGUUUCCGGUAAGUUUCUCACGUAUUUAUCAAGCCUACGUAACGCAGCCUGGACAUUAUCAACCAACAAUCCCUUUUACAGGGAGAGACCCUUGCAAAACCCUAGCAGCUUCCCAUCAUAUGCAAGGCUUAAGCAUUGUUUCAAGAGACAACCAGCAGCGUAGAAAGGUAUUCUAUACCCUGUAAGGGUUUUGUGCGUGCUUUACAAUGUCUAUCGACUUUGAUAGUGGAGCACUGCAGACUCAGCAAGAGGAUGAAGAAUAUGAUAAGGAGGAUUAUGCCCGAGAGCAAGAGCUGCAACAGUUAUUAACAGAUCUUCCCCAUGACAUGUUAGAUGACAGCCUUUCCUCAUCACCAGAGCCAAGUUACAGUGAUUGCAGUGGCCAUGAAAUUUCUGAGAAAAUACCACAGUGGGAACAUGGAGCAAAUUGGGGUAAUGAUGAUUUGCCGAACCAUCAAAAGCCCUAUAAAAAUGGAUUUACAGAAAAUCAAUACUGCAUGGGAUUUGUGGGUAAACAAGAUGAGCAUCUUAGAAACCAAGCUGGCAGAGAUAAGAUGUCCAAUGGAUGGGAUGUGCUGCAUGCUAACGAAGAUGACCCCAUGUUUAAUGGCAAAUACCGUUACUCAAAAGAUCAUGCUUACAAUAGUGAAUCAAAUGGGCAAGCCUUUCACGGAGGAGAUCAUUACGAUGCACCUGGUCAUUGUUCUAGCAGCGAGUUGUAUCAUCUUCCAGAUGACUUUCAACCCUAUACAAACAGCCAACAGGUUGAACAUUUUUCAGAUUCUAAAAAAGAGCAUUUUCAGGGGUUUGCUGUGCCAGAAGAAACUAGUAAAAUAUCUACAGAGCCUUUUCAAGUAAAAUACAAUCCUUACCAGAUCAAAGUUGCACGAAUGGAUGAGAUGAACCAAGAUGCUGAAAGAAGAGAUGGCAAUUUUGAUGACUUACAAAGAGAGUUUUUAGAUACUGGGGAAAAUUCUACAGGCAACAUGCAGUUUGUACAACUUCAGGUUUUAUACAAAGCAAGAGGAAGACAGCUUGAAGAGCAAAACAACAAGUUAGAAGAGAGUGAAAGACAAAUUCGAUAUCUUAACCACCAACUUGCAAUAGUUAAAGAUCAAAAAGAUGGAUUGACCAUAAGCCUUCAAGAAUCUCAAAGCCUACUUCAAAAUUCCAGAGAAAUGGAGAUUCAAUUAAAGGGGCAAUUGACUGCCUUGGAAAAGACAGUUGAGAGUUUAACCACAAAUGAAGAACAACUGAGAAAAGAGUUGAAUAUUUCUAAAGUAGCAAUGGAGAGUUUUCAGCAACAGCUUCUAGACUUACGCCGCUCUGAGUCAAUACAAAGAGCUAGAGAGCAACAUGAAACUGUUGUGUCAAUGCUGAAAAAGAAGCAUGAGGAACAAGUGUUGGCAUUGCAGCAGAAGCUUGAUGAUGUAAAUGCAAUGCUGAAUGAAGAAAAAGAGUUGUGUAGCCGUUUGGAGACCAGAUUAAAACUGUCUGAAAGAAAAGAAGCAGAAAGCAAACUUGAAAAAACAGAUAUAAUUAACAGGCUUAGUAAGAGUCUAGAAGAAAGUCAGAAGCAGUGUGCUAAUCUUCUGCAAAGUGGCUCAAUACAAGAAGCUACUCAGCUAAGGCUGCAGCUACAGCAAGUACAGUCUUCAAAAAUCAUAAAUGAUGGCAUGAACAAAGCCUUACAGGAGGAGGUACGUGAACUGCAGGAACAAAUUACAAUGUAUGAAUCUGCUGCAAGGUUGGGAGCUUUUGUCAACAGUGGUGAAGAGCAACAACUCUCUGAUUCAUAUGUGGAAUUGGGAAUUAAAAAUUUUAACUGGCAAAAAUCGCGACUCGGCAGGAUAGUGGCAAAUAAUGGGGUAAAGAAUGACCUUUCUUCAGAAGAGAUCAUCUUAGAACUUAAAACUGAACUUGAACGUUGCUUGAACAGCAAUAAAACAAAAAGAAAGCAGAUUGUUCAGCUGCAGGCCGAACUGAAGGGACAUCUGUUAAAAAAUGAAGAAUUAAAAAAAUCAAUGGAAAUUGCCGAAAGGACAGCCAGGGACAGUCAGAUCCAGGCAGAAAACCUAGCAAACAAAGUGAAUAAUUCUCCAUUCUUCAGUUCAUCAAGUGAUAGAUUUAGGGAAGAGAUUCAAAAACUUCAAAGUGAAAAACAGAUACUGCAACAAGAAAAUGAGAAACAUUUGCUAUUUAUUAAAGAGUUUACAGUAAAUGAGGAGAAACUGAAGGCUUCUAACCAAGAACUCUGCAAUGAAAUGAGAGGGAUGAUACAGGACUUUGAUCAAGAUAAAAAGGAAGCUAUUGAAAGAUGCGAAAGGACAUAUGAACAACAUAAUGAAGAUAUAAAGGCCCAUUUACUAAACGAGCUGUAUGAAAAGUUUGAAUCUGAAAAGGAGCUACUAUCCCAGGGUUAUGAGGAAAAAAUAACUUUAUUACAAGCACAGAUGAAUGAAAUACACCGUGAAAUGGCUGCAGUGCAAGAGUGCUACAUAGCAGUCUGUAAAGAGAAAGAUGCAUUGGAAGAUAAUAUGAGAGAACAUUUCAAGAAGGAACUUCAGAAAAGUGAAGAAGAGGUCACUGCUAAAGCAAUUCAAGAUGUUGAAAUGGAAUGGGCACAAAAACUAAACCAGGCUUUGCAAGAUGCCAAGACUAAAAGUCUACAAAGUUUUGAAACUCAGACUAUUCAGACAGAUGAAAGCUCCCUGGCCAAAUCUGACUUAAAUUCAGACUGCAUUGAUGAGCUAAAGGUUAAACUGCAGAAUGCUAUUCAGGAAAAAGAAAAAGCUGUACACCAGGCUCAGCUAGAACUGGAAGAGCGCCACCAUGAGGAGACUUCAAAACAGGUGGAAGUGGCUUUAACCAGGGCUUAUGGACGAUGGUUGCAAGAACUUACCAGUUUACCUGAAUACAAAGCUCGGUUAAAGCUGGAGCAAGAAAAAUGGGAGAAAACGAAUGAACGUAAUGUGGAGAGACAGGUCUCGGAUGCUCUCUAUGCAGCUGAAAUAAAAUGGAAAAUGAGGUCUGACAAAGUUGAUUUUACUGUCAGACAAAAAGAGUUUGAAGAGAAGAUUGCCUCGAUGAAACGAGAACUUGAGCUGAAGGCAGAAGAGUCUCAGGCUUUACUGAAGGCUGAAAUAGCAACGUCUCGGGCACAGUGGAACAAAGAAAAACAUGAUGAAAUCCAGAGGCUACGGGAAGACAAUGAAAAGGAUUACCGUGUGUUUUUAGAUGAGCAUCGGAAUAAACUCACUGACACUCUGUCAACUGCCAAAGUAGAGUUUGAAAAACAAAAAAAUGAACUGAUUGCACAAAAAGAUAGAGAAAUGGCAGAGAGGCUAGAUGAAAGCCUGAAACAAUGGGCCUUAGAUGAGUCACGACGAAUGCGUGCCCUUGAAAAUGAGAUUCUGUCAGAGGUUGAGCAGUGUAUGUAUGAAAUACAUGAUCAGUUGUUGGAUAAAUCCAUAGUCAAAGAUAGAUUACCAAGCAUGAAGAGCAAUUUAGAUGUUACAUUUCUGGAGAAGUUAAAAGCUUGCUUACAGAAAUCUGUGAAAGGCAUUCUCUACAAAGUGCUGGCAAAUGCAAGACAAGACUGGAAAAAGAAAUAUGACACUGAAUCAAAUCAAGAGACUGGCAUAAGAGGAGGGGAGCUAGAAGGAUCAGAUGAUAGAAAAACAGCAAAAAUGUGGUACUUGGACAAAGAUCUAGGUAAAACUGAAAAACAGCCUUGCUGUGAGCAUUGGGUCCAACAACUUGAGAAAUCAAAAAAAGAGUGUCACGAGAUCAGAAGCAAGCUGGAAAAGGCAUGCCGACACCUACAACAACUUGUAAAGGAACAAAAACUCAAAGCUGAAAAAUAUAGAAAAAACCAUAUACUCACAGAGGAACUGAAAAAGCAAAACAGCGAGUUGCAGAAAAAACUCGAGCUGACAGUUGCACCUUCUACUGCAUGCUUGGAACCAGUAGAGGGUGGCAGUAAUGGCUGCAUGAUGUGUAAUGGCAAUGCUUUAGAAGAAAUACGUGCUCAAUACAUCAAAGCUGUGGACAAAAUCAAAAAUGACAUGCUUCGUUACAUUCAUGAAAGUAAAGGUAGAGCUGCUGAAUUGCUGAAAUCGGAAGUUUUAAGAGAACGACAAGAAACUGCUCGUAAGAUGCGAAAGUACUACUUGACAUGCCUGCAGCAACUUUUAAAAGACGAUGGGAACAAUGAAGGAGCUGAGAAAAAAAUCAUCAACGCUGCGAGCAAACUUGCAACUAUGGCCAAGGUUUUGGAAACUCCUGUUUCUCAAAAGUACCAGAGCAAAAGCCUAAACUCAGAUUUGCCACAGAAUGAAAACUUUUUAUCUGAAACCACACAAGACCAAAAAAGCCUACAGAAGCCAGCCCACAGCCAUCAAAAUAACAAUCCUUUGAAUCAGAAUAUCGACCAGCAGACUAUAGAGGAGCUCAUCAAAAGGCAUGUUCGGGAAAAGUCUGAUGGAAACAAAGUAACAGAUGCUGAAGGAGCUUCUGCUAUAAAUGAGAAUUCUUCAUUUCCAACACUUAGAAAAAGUCUUGUGGAUAAUGGAAAUUCCCAGUUUGUCCCCUCAGCACCAUUUCAGAAAUUAAAAACCUUUAGCUGUAUUGAUUCCAGUACAGAGGGUGUCCUUGUUACACAUCAAAAUAAACAAUCUGCUUUGCAAAGUGGUACAUUAUAUCCCAACUCUGAACAUCCAAAGAAAAAAACAGGUCUGCAAAGGUUUGAUCUGCAAGAAACUCCUGUGCGGGAUGAAAAUGGAAGCAAUGACUGGAGCUGUAUUAGCAGCAAAAGCCUCUUUCAGCCUCACUCUGCAAAGGGUUCUUUGACACAACUGAAAAUGGGGCCACAGAAUGCAGAUGUUGAGGAGCAUUCUUCAGCUGUGGCUUCAUGUUCUCUUGCUGAGGAAAACCACAAUACAUUAAGCAGUGGUGCUAGAAAUCAGCAUUUUUUUGCUCAAGUUGCAAAGAGAAAAGAUGAAAAUUCAGGCAGAAAGUAUUCUAAUAAAAUUCAAGAACCUUCAGCUACAGGAAUUCAUCCAGAAUCCAAACUGUUUUCAGAUGUAGGUCAAGGAAACAAGCUGCCAUCAAGAAAAUUGUUACUUGACUUUACAUUAUCUCCACAGCAAGACAGUGGAUUUGACAGCCCAUUUCCCAACUUAAAUAACUUCAACUAAUAACUAAAAUUGCACAUGUGAUAGUUGAUUUUAUAUGGGAACCCUUAACUUAAAGAUUUAUGAAGACAUUGCUUCCUCAUAUGUUAUCUACACUAUGUGUAUACAGCCUUCUCCGUGCAAGCAUAUUGUGUGUGUUUUGUGUUUUUUUGUUUCUUUUUGUGUGCAACAAUCUAUUUUUUUAUACCUUAUUUAUGUGUUUUAUUGCCUUAUUUAUAAUAAAGCUAAUUUUCAUUUA